AUUACAAUAUAAAAACUUCACGAAUUAACUCAAUCUGAUUCAAUGAUGGCAAUCAUGAAGAAUUAUUAUCUUCUGAAAAGUCGUCAUGAUUUUCUGUCGAAGGACCUUCCGUCCUUCCAUGCACAUUUUUACAAUGUCGAUUGAUCGUAAGAUGCAGCGAUCUUCGAUCCUUUCGCAUCGGUGAAAAUGAGGUACGACAGAAAUGGCGUAAGGACAGAAGGAGGUAAGACGAGAGAGGAAGGGACAGGCGGCGGGACACAGCGAGAGCGAGAAAACCACUUCGUGUCGUUAUACGAAGUGGAUUUCGCACAGCGACAAAGGCGGAGCGAGCCAUCCAAGAUUACAUUCCAACUAUUUCUUGUCGUUUUGCGCGGCGUAAAAGCGGGGAUUAAUUAAAUUUGUUAAUUGCAAGAUGCAUUUAGUAACGCCGGCUCCUCUCGAGUCUCCCGUCAUUCGCGCGCGCGCGCGCCGUUACGACACUCUCUCGUUGCAUCUUUUUCCUCGCGUCGGCGACGACGCACCGCGGGAAUUUAACAGUGAUGAGACAAGCUAAAAUUUUUGCCCGCAUUAGGACAUGUAUGUGAAAAGCCGUUUUGUUCACCAUGAGAGAUCCAGGGUCUUUUAAAUUGUUUUUGUCAUUGACACUGUACUCUCUGGGCAAAUCGAAUGCAUUUUCGUUCAUAUAUAUGAUAUACAUGUAUAUAUACAUAUGCGUCUGCAUUGUAAGUUGUAUCGCAACGGUACAAUUUCUGAAGCCUCCCACGUAAUGAUCGAAUUGCACGAUACCGUACCGUAUAUCUAUUCGUUAGACCUGCCGCAUUGUCCAUUCGCGUCGCAAUUACCGUCGUCGUCAACACGUCGCACGUAUAUCUACGCGAUAGAUUUCCGUUUCGGCGACUCCUCCGCGCGCACGUUACACAGAUCGUACGCAGAUGUUAACCGUAAUAAGGUACACGGCAGCGCGAAUUAAUCGGCGCGCAAGGGUCAAACUGAUCUUCGUUACGUGACAUCCGCAGGGCGGCGGACCGUGUGAUCGCGACGCAAACAUCUCCCUUGGCGUUCAAUCUGACGCUUCCGGAUCCGUGCGACGGGCGCGAGCGCUAAUUAGACUAAUAAGAACGCACGUAUAUACCGGCGCGGUGUACUAUCCCGCUGUUUACCAAUCAGAUGUUCUGGCGAGGUGACGUAUACGUUUGCGCGCGUUUUGAUUCACAGAGGAGGACUUGAUGCACGGGGGUGGCGCGGGUAUUGGCGGGGGUUCUAUGGUCGGACAGAACUCAAUAUUUGGGUGCUCGGCUGCAGGACACAGCGGGGUUAACCAGCUCGGCGGCGUUUACGUCAACGGCCGACCGCUGCCGGACUCCACGAGGCAGAAGAUCGUCGAGCUGGCCCACAGCGGGGCCAGACCGUGCGACAUAUCGCGCAUACUGCAGGUCAGCAAUGGAUGCGUCUCCAAGAUCCUCGGCAGGUAUUAUGAGACUGGCUCGAUCAAGCCGCGGGCGAUUGGCGGUAGCAAGCCACGAGUGGCGACGACGCCUGUGGUCAACAAAAUCGCCGACUACAAACGAGAAUGUCCCUCGAUCUUCGCCUGGGAGAUUCGCGAUCGACUUUUGCAAGAGGGCGUUUGCAAUAACGACAAUAUUCCCAGCGUGUCGUCCAUUAACAGGGUACUCAGGAACCUGGCCUCGCAGAAGGAGCAACAGGCGGCUGCGGUGCAAGCGCAUCAGGGUGCCGAGAGCGUCUACGACAAGCUGAGAAUGUUUAACGGGCAGGCAGCAGGCUGGCCGCCAGCGUGGUAUUCGGCAACACCUCCCCAUCAUCCCCUGGCCACGGGAAUUCCAACCGCGGCGACUCCUGGAUCCGGUCAAACUCUUUUGCCCAGUAGUCAGCUUCACGGGCGUGACGAUUCUUUGCUGAAGCGAAGCGACACCGGAUCUCUAUUGUCGCAUCAGCAGGAGACAACUUCGGACGGUAAUUCGGAGCACAACUCCUCCGGCGACGAGGACUCGCAAGUGCGGCUGAGGCUGAAGAGGAAAUUGCAGCGCAACCGAACUUCCUUCUCUAAUGAGCAGAUAGACAGCCUCGAGAAAGAAUUCGAGCGGACACAUUACCCGGACGUGUUUGCACGGGAGCGUCUCGCCGAGAAGAUCGGAUUACCUGAGGCACGUAUCCAGGUGUGGUUCAGUAAUCGCAGGGCGAAGUGGCGUCGAGAGGAGAAAUUACGGAACCAGAGGAGGGCCGCCGUCGAUCAGGUGGUCGCCGGUGGCAGCGGGGGUAGCAGCGGCGCCGCGCCUCCCGCGGCCACCCCUGCCACGCCACGGUUGCCCUUAAACGCCGGAUUCAACGCCAUGUACUCGUCGAUACCACAACCGAUUGCCACUAUGCCUGACACGUACAGCUCGAUGUCAAGCAGCCUGGGCGGGUCAAUGGGUGGAAGCUGUCUUCAGCAACGCGCCGAGGGAUACCCGGCGUACGUGUUUCACGAGCCUCUCCACUCGCUCACGCAGUCUUACUCUCACGCGCACAGCGCGGCCGCGGCCGCGCACUCGCAACCGCAUCGGGGCAUCCCGACGUCUCACGGUGGCACCCCCACAACGCCAGGGGGACAGCCCACCGGACCAGGUGGAGCACCUUACCAGCCGACGACCUCGACCGCAACCGGCGUGAUAUCAGCCGGCGUCUCGGUGCCGGUGCAGAUUCCCUCGCAGACCCCGGACCUGGCGGGCAACUAUUGGCCGAGGCUCCAGUGAUCCCAGCUCUUCGGGUUCCCGCCCGCGAGCUUGCUCGUAGGCCAGGAGAGCCCGCCGCCGCCGAGCGCCACCCCGGGCGCGGUGCCACGACCGCUCCUCGCUUCCCUCGGGAUACCGACGCAGUCGACGCAGCAUCAGGCCCCCAGCACACCGGCGACCACCCCCGUGCACAACUCCGACACCAGUGAGUGAAACGACUGAAUUUUUUCGGUGACCCGUGACACCGUCGCGAGUGGAUCCCUCGUCCCCGAGACAGGGCGCGGUGUUUCCUCGCGUUUGGCUGCCGACGGUGACGAUUGCUGUCGCGACGCCACGUUGGCAGAUGCGAGGAUAGAGACGUUACGAGGAAAGCUCGUCCUCUCGAUAGUUCGCGCGACAGCGUGACGCCGAUCGCAUCGAAGACGCGCAGUUAGUGUCGGUUGUGCGUGGAAUGAACACAAUUUCUGAUGAUGACGAUGCGAGUGUCCGAAAAUUUUCUCCGUUGUCCAGUAAGUUGAAGAAUUUCGUUAGUUUAUUUUCGCGAUUAUUUAUUUAUUAACGGACGUUCUCCAUCCAUAAGUGAGCAAGCUGACAAAGGUAGUCUUUUUAUCAAGAAACAUAGCUGAGAGCAUGUAUGAUAAUAAAUGGCAGUUGCAAUUA